UCUCAGAAGAGCUGAGACCCACAUCCCGUUCUCGUUGUCACAUUAACAAGUCUAGGACUCUUCUUCUUUGAACUUCCAUCAAGUCUAUCUUUAAAGGAGCGAUAUAUUCGCCCUUCUGCUCUUACCACUUGCUUUAAAUCAUACUUUAAUAACAAUCAUGAUGGGCCUCACACGAAGCACCCUCGUUGUUCUCUUUUCCCUUUCCCUUCUCCUCCAGCCACUUGCAAACGCUCAAGAUCAGGCUCAAGGUCGACCUGGUGCUUCUGCUCAAGCUCCUGCUGCCGGCAGACCCGGCGCUUCUUCUUCCGAUCAAGUACCGGUCCAGGCGUCAGCUUCAAGUCAGGCUCCUGCUGCUGGUCGACCUGGUGCAUCAACUGCUCCCACGACUGAUCCCGCCCAACCACGCCCAAAGGUCUAUUCCUGUCCUGCUGACAAUGGAGCAAGAUAUACAACUGGAAAUGGAGUCACCUUUGAGCUCAAGUGCGACCACGGAACUAUAGCUAAACCGCUUGAUAAUACCAUUACGAACACACAAAAAGAUUGUGCCGACUAUUGCUCUACGCUCAGUAACUGCCAGUCUUGUGAUUGGAAUAUAAACAGCAAGCUAUGUGCCACGAAGCAGCAGGUUUGUAUUUUAACCCUUAUUCGAGUUCGCACCCGAUUCGCUAACUUCAGCAGUACAUACCAGUAAGUAUUACUAAGCGAGAACGAGAGACCUUUCUUUCGCCUGCUUUCCACUAACGAGUGAAGACUUUUCCUCUUCCAGGAACGCACACGUGGUUUCCUCUCGAAGAGCGAAGCCAGCGCCCCGAAACAGAGUACCGCUCACCGCCCGACUGUCCCGCAGCUAAGGUAGCCCUUUUAGAAAGUGUGACCACCAGUGCCACUUUCACAGCUGAUGGCGAAUGUCCAAGCAGUAAGAGCAUCUUCAACCUAUAGACAAUGUACUUCUCAUUGACAACUUCAGAUGAUGGAAAGAUCUUCUUGACUCCUCAGGGCACGUACUUCCAAGUCAAGUGUGGUACACAGAAUACAGCUCAAGUUACACUUCCCGACAGCAGACCACUUCAUGAUUUUGCAGAAUGCAUGACCGCCUGUGCAGAUAAUCCCGAAUGCAACAGGUAAGAAUAGGCAAAUGGAUCUACAAGGAAAUUACUGACCUGAAAUAGUGUAACUUUCGCUAGUGGAAAACCUGACUGGCAAUGUAAAAUGUUUGAAAGUGGUGUCGAAACAUUGGCCGCAGACGCUACAAGUUGUUACUAUCUAUUCUUCAUUUGAUUACGUAGUAUCUAAUUGCUCUUUACAGAAAACAAAGCCUCCGCAGUCGUUAUUGAGCCACCAACUUCCGCAAAGAAGGACGACCUGGUAUAUCUCUGCUCAACUGAAUGCCCAAAUGCUGACGGACAAACAUGGGAUUCUCCAACGGGACAAGUGAGUAUCCAAACAUGAAAGGAUAAGUUUCAAACUGUGACUAAUUAUUGAUUAGAAAUUCCGUAUGGACUGUUGCAAGAGGCAUGGAACGAUUACAAUAGGACAAACCCAAGCAGGCUCUUUGGAAGAAUGUAUGAAGAUAUGCUCCUUCACUCUAGCUUGUCAAAGUGUGGACUUUCAACGAGACACUGGACGUUGCUACUUUGGAAAACAUUCCGGCGCGCCAACCAUUGCAGCAUCUGGAUGGGCGUCUGCUUAUGCCGUUGGUUGUUCUGGAGCUUGCAAGAAAGAGGGAUGCUGUGGUGGAGCUUGAAGUUGACCAUCAUAGCAUCUGGACGGGCGUCUGCUGGAGCUUGCUAUCACACACGUGAUAUCUGUCACGUGUUUCCACCAAACCUAUUGUUAGAUGAAGAUCUGCUAAGGGACAUCUCUUUCCACCAAUUUUUUUAUUAGUUUAUUGACUUCCAUCUCGUUCAAUCUGAAUUGGUCUGUAGGUGACUGUGAAAUUAUUGUAGAGUAACCAAAAUUCAAAGUCAUAAAGGCCGUUGAGCU